AUGACUAAACUUCCCUUGGAGAUAAGGCGACUCAUCUAUGCAAAAGCACUGGGCGAGGUGCCAAUACAUCUUUCACUUGUCAACGGCCAGUUGAAUGCCCGACGGUGCUCUAUUCGAGGCUGUGCCUGUUACCUCCAGCCUCUUUCAACUAAACACAAACUUCACAUUGCGCUUCCGUUGUUGAGGACAUGUCGCCGCAUUUAUUCCGAAGCGGUCGAAUAUCUUUACAGUUCGAAUAAAUUCUUCAUUUCUACAGACGUGGAAGACUACCCUACCUUGGGCUACUUGCCAUAUUUCAUCCUACCCCAACGGAUGAAUCAAAUCACCAACCUCCGCAUCGACUGGGACCUCGAUCGCCACGGUUUUUUCCAAGCCGAUCUCAUGCCUCCAGUGCAUCGAGAUGAGUGGUAUAGGACGUGGGAUGUGCUAGGUAGGAUGAAGGGUCUCCGGACGCUACACAUACGGCUCUUCUUCUUUCUGGACCUCUGGCUGCAAUGCUACGGCGACUUUUGGGAGCAGAACGGAAAAGAACUUCUCGAACCUAUUACGACCAUGACUGCGCCAAAAGUCUUUGUUGUGACUCUUCCGGAUUGGAGAUGUUCUACGGAUCUUGGUGUUGGGAAGUCUAGAUGCAUCUUCCAGCUGCCAGAACGGAAUGAAGAUAGCGCUCCAUAA